UUAUUUUUCUCCUAAAGGAAAAUGGAGUUAUGAAUAGCUUCUGUGACCUGGAAGAUUAAGGCAAAGGAAUUUCUAGGUUUCUUCUCUCUAGGGAUGGUGAAAUUGGAAAAAGGCUCCUUUAACCCGCCCCAGGAUGAACCACCUGCCAGAAGACAUGGAGAAUGUUCUUACUGGGAGCCAGACCUCCCAUGCUUCUUUGCGCAGCGUCCAUUCCAUCAACCCCACACAACUCAUGGCCAGGAUUGAGUCCUAUGAAGGAAGGGAAAAGAAGGGCAUAUCUGAUGUCAGGAGGACUUUCUGUUUGUUUGUCACCUUUGACCUCUUAUUUGUAACAUUACUGUGGAUAAUAGAGUUAAAUCAAACAAAGCCAGAUGCUCAGGCCAGAAAUGAAGACUCAUCCUUGAUUGAUUUGCUUAUUUGUUUUGUAUUUUUCAUGUCCUAUAUCCAGUCUAAAAGGGCAAAUGAAAACAAGAAAUCACAGAGAACUUCUACGCUUCUGUCCCAUGUCAUGGCAACCGCCAUCACUGAUGUUUGCCACGAGCUCAGGAGGCCCGAGGCCUUCCAAGACCUAAGACUGUGGAAGGUGAAUGGAGGCAUUGAAAACACAUUAGAGAGGGAGGUGGUGCAGUAUGACUACUACUCUUCUUAUUUUGAUAUCUUUCUUUUGGCAGUUUUUCGAUUUAAAGUGUUAAUACUUGCAUAUGCUGUGUGCAGACUGCGCCAUUGGUGGGCAAUAGCGUUGACAACAGCAGUGACCAGUGCCUUUUUAUUAGCAAAAGUGAUCCUUUCAAAGCUUUUCUCUCAAGGGGCUUUUGGCUAUGUGCUGCCCAUCAUUUCAUUCAUCCUUGCCUGGAUUGAGACAUGGUUCCUGGAUUUCAAAGUGUUACCUCAAGAAGCAGAAGAAGAAAACAGGCUCCUGAUAGUUCAAGAUGCUUCAGAGAGUGCGGCACUUUUACCCAGUGGUCUUUCUGAUGGUCAGUUUUAUUCCCCUCCUGAAUCUGAAGCAGGAUCUGAAGAAGCUGAAGAAAAACAAGACAGUGAAAAGCCACUUUUAGAGCUCUGAGUACUACUUUAGUUACAUGUGAAAGACUCACGGAAAGUCAUCCCAGGAAGAAAAGCCUGGCGCUGGCGUCUCUCUAUUGAAAGUUGAGAUGGUGACAUCCACUGCUGACUUAUUGAAUAAUAAAGAAUUUAUUUAUUGUGACACCUCACAGACAUUGUACCAUAUCCACACACAUGUACUCGCCUGCCUGCGGCCGGUAAGGUAACGUAGUGAUCCCUCCUCUGUUUGUGAGACUGAUGUGUAUAUGCACAGGUGAAGAAGGUCUCGUGCUGUGUUCCUGAUCAAAAGACUUCUUAAUAUAUUGAAAUAACGCCAUUUUAGUAAGCGCAAUACCUUUUAUUUCAAUUCACAGAAUGGAAUUUUUUGUUUUGUGUCUCAGAUUCAUUUUGUAUUUCUUUUUUAACACCAUACAUUUCCCUUGUGUUUUUUAACUCAUGCACAUGUGUUCUUUGUAUAAUUUUAAAAAGUAAUAAAAUCCAACAUAUCAAAAUAAUUUAGUUUUCUUUUUCAUGUUUUGCAUUAUGUAUUUGGCCUAAAGUGUUGGAAUUAUGAAAGGGGAACAAGGAGGGAUUGUGAAUUAUGUAUAAAAUGGUACCAGACAUUUGUAUUAUUUUUAUCAUGAAAUUGUAAUUUCUGUGAGAGAUUGUUCUGAAAUGUUCCAGAGUACUCUUCUUUGGAACCCACAAAAUGACUGAAACCAUUGCUGUCAUUGUUUUCUUCAUGUUUAGCCAAUUUGAAUUAAAAUGAACUAAAUUA